CUCAAGUGAGGUCAGCAGGAGGCAUUUAUCUGAGCCGAGUGCAUAGCGACAGGGGAAGAUGCACAGAGUCAGCCAGCCAGGAUCAGGGAGACGUCCAGAGGAAUUGACAGAGGCUCACAGCUCUAACUUGGCUUGGUUUGCAAGUGAGACGGCAACAGUACCACUGAGUCGCCUUCAAGUUAAAAGCGAAAGGAAACAGAGCUCCAGUCACCAUUCAGCGCACAUUGACCAUUCACUCUCCAUUUCCUGACUUGGACUCUGUGGCACCCUUUUAUGGAAUACAGCUCAACAGUAUGGACAUGUCCGUUUUCACGUUGGACUUGGGGGGUUUGAUCGUCACCCAUCUCCUUUAGAUCUUCUCCCAGCUACAUCAAAGAAUCACUGGAGUGAAACUGUCCACUACCCCGCCAUCUGCUUGGAUUCCACAUCUACAGGGAAGCACUUCACCGCAAAGGUCACGUUACGGGGUUCAGGGGGGGCCGCGGUGAAGCAUUGAGUGAAGAUCUCUCAUUUCAGUAUGUUGUUCAUUGAUGCCCACUGCAUUGAAUUAUAAUGCACAAAUGGAUGCUUACAUGGAACCUUCCAAAUCUAUUCUCCGGACUGUACCUGCAUGUGCUCUUCCUGUUCAGCAGUGUCUGUGUGGUCCGCAGUGACUGCACUCCAGAGCAACUCGCUGCCAUCAUGAACUGCUCAAAACACGAGCGCCACACCAGGAACUAUGACUACAUGGAAGGAGGAGAUGUACGCAUCCGACAGCUGUUCAGCGGGACCCAGUGGUUCCUAACCAUUGAUGACAAUGGAAACAUCACUGGGACACAAGACCCAACCAACUGCUACAGUAUACUGGAGAUCAGGACAGUGUCUGAGGGGGGCAUUCUGGCCAUCAAAGGUGUGAAGAGUCAGUUCUAUGUCUGCAUGAACAAAGCUGGACAGCUGCAAGGAAAGAGGAUCUACAAUGAUAACUGCAACUUCAAAGAGGUUUUCCUAGAAAAUUAUUUCAACGCGUACUCCUCCUCGAAGUGGCCAAAAAACGGAAAGGAAAUGUUCAUUGCUUUGUCUCAGAGGGGAAGACCAUUACGAGGGAAGAAGACCAGGCGGGAGCAUGUCACUUCUCAUUUCAUCCCCAUGAAAUGCAAAGAGGAGGAGCGACGGGUGGACUGACAUGAGGAUGACAAAUGAACCAGUUGUAUAAGAUUGAAAUCACCUAUUAUCUAAGUUAUGGGACACGUGAAAACACUCUCCUGACACUACCCUCUGCAGUGCUUCAGUCAACGUAAUGUAAUAUUGUAUUGUGUUUUUAUAUCAGACAACAACAGCACAAUUCCAACUAUAAUAAACCAAAGAGGAUAUUUGGUUUAUAAAGUGUAAAACCACGAAUUAAUGUUUUUGUCGUGAGUAAAAUGUUAUUUUUCAUGCUACAAUGGUAAUGUUUUUCUUAUAAAACAACCCAAAGUGUGACACAUUCAGGACUGCAGGACUGAGGCGAACACGAUGAAGUUUUAAGAGAUGAAGCGAUGCAAGCUGGACUUGUGUUUCAGAGGACAAGACAAACGCGACACUGACCGAGAUCUUAUUUAAGUGAAAGGUGGAAGGCCGAAGGAUGGUUCCGUUGAAGCACAACUGACGACCAGAGGGACUGAGCAAGGUGUUUCACUAAAAUACUGAAAUGUUCUGCUGCUAAAAAUGAAAAUCCCAUGUACUAACCAACUCUGUAAAGCUUUUUUUUUUUUACUAACCAUCUAUAAAAAGGAAAAUAUUUAUGAAUGCGUAGCCUGAUAUUUGAAGACAUAUAUAUCCAGUGACUAUGUAUGAAGCUUUUAAGUGAUGUUUUGUACGAAUUCCAAAGGUGAAAAUUCAUUCACCAACAGACCAAUAGGUGUGUUGGUGACUUGUGUUGGGAUUUUUAUUGUGAGGCAGCACUGAUUAAUAUAUUAUUGCCUGUUUUUAGAUUUUUUUCAUUGAGUAGUUAUGUCACGCAAAUCUAUUUAUACAUAUUUAAUGAAUGAAACUAAAACCCUUUCAUUAUAGUUCAGUUCAUAACUGUGAUUAAAAUUUGGGAUUUGUAUUUUAUACUAUAUUAAAUGCUGUAGCUUCACCAGCAGUGACUUGUGGAUUUCCUCCAACCAAUGCCUUUGUACUCAUAUAUGGAGUACCAGAGUACAGUGCACUUGUUAUAUAUCGCCAUGAAUAGAUUACAUUGCAAUAUUAUUUUGACACAGAGCAAAAUACAAUCUAAGAGAAGAGGGAUUUAGCCCUCUUACAGUGCUAAAUCUGACUUUUUAAAAUCCUUACAUUUAUCAUUAUAUAAAAGUGGAUGUACAUUUCUAGACUGUAAUGCUUAAAUCCUUAAGACUAUGUUUGUUUUUCACCAUUAUGGAGAGUUAAUAAUGUAACACCGAAUAACGCAUAUUACAAUGUAAUGCCAUUUUUUUUUAAUGUAUUUAUUUUAUUUUGUAUAUGUAAUUGGAGCUUCCCUGAAGUUAAACUUAAUGUAAAGCAGCACAACAAAAACGACAAUAAACUUCAUAAGUACAUUCUAUAACACAAGAUUUGUACUGCCAUAUAAGGUCCUAUGAAGCCUCCAGCUGGCCCAUUUCCCGGUUAUGAUGAAUCUCAUGAUGUCGCAGAGAAGAUUGAAUAUCCAUUUCAAAGAUUCAUUUGGAACAGAACUAACGUCCUUUCACUAUUCCGACAUAUGUGCACCGUGACUCAUUUGAUUAAUGCGCAGGUGAAUAUGUAAAUUAAAAACAAAAUUUGAAAUGAGUGCGAAUCAUUCUUGCAGGUGCAUCGGUCUUUGGAAGACAGGGUUUCCCCCAUACGCACAUAUGCAUGUGAGGGAACACACAGACACGCAAGCCUGCAUGCAUGCACGCACUGAAAUGGGCCACGAGUUUUACCUCUUGUCUGAGUUCACAUCUGGCUUGGAGAACCCCCCGUCAGAUGAAUAAAGUUAAAUUGAGAGCGCAAACCCCUGAAAAAUAUUUGACCCAAACAACAUCUGAGCAAGGUGAAGGCUUCUGCCAAGUCACGCAAAGUUAGUCUUAGCAGAUAAUUUGUAACAUACUGAAAAUGUAAACACAUUUCAGACUCAAGGCUGUGUAUUCCCAGCAGGACCAGGAGACACCGAGGCCAA